UCUUCAAAUACAUGUGAUACAAUACAAUGAUUGGCUAUUGGUGGCACGUGUUUGUGACCUGUGUUUCAUUCUCUGAGAAACAUGCUCUACUGUAGAUUUUUUAGCAAAGUAGGAUCAGUUUUUACCAUAGCAACAUUAAUUUACUUGACAGAUGGAAAUGGCAAAUGUGACGAUGAAGACAUCGAUGAACACCGCUCUUUGAAUUUGUUGCUGACGGUGAAGAAGAAAAACAAUGUUUUCCUAAGAAAACUACAAUGCAGACCUACAGCGAAAAAUAGCCGUCGGCAAGGCCGUUCCCAGCUAAGGCAUUUACUGAAGGAUGAUCCCGUCCGAACAAUGUACGACUAUGAUGAGGAGGAAGAGGAAGAGGAAGAGAGCCACACGGAGAUGGGACUAUGGGGAUUUGGGAAUGAGAAGAAAGAGAAGGACGAAAUUCCACCUACACUAGAUCCAAAUAUGCUGCCUCCGUCAGCGCCGAAAUUGGAAAUAAAGACCAACGACUCUGUUCUGGUCUCAUGGCAUAUCCCUCUACAGGAGAAAUUCCCGAUCGAUCAUUUUUACGUGGAAUUUUAUCAGUACAAAAAGGGCGAGUUCCGCUCCAAAUGCUGCACAUUUGUGGAUAAUAAGCCAAAAAAUAAAUCGUCGAGCGAAGCUUAUCACGAGGAGCUGAUCGACUGUCUCGCGUCAAAUUUUGAUUACAAGUUCCGAGUUGCGGCCUCAUACCCUACACAUAAUCACUCGUAUGGUCAGUGGAGCAAGGAAAUACAUCUACCCGAUGAUUUUGAAGGGGAGGACGCUUUUGACACAGAUGAUUUGUGAUGCAUUUGUUGCCUACAUUAAUCGUAAAUCUUUUUGUUGACCAAAAAAUAUUACAUCUAUUAAUUUACCCGUGUUAAAGAAGUGUUUCAUCAUGCGUUUUAAAAAAGACCAUGGUUUUACAGAUUGUGUGUUUAAUAUUUAAACAAGUUGCGUGAAAUUAAAUCCAUGAAGAUUAAGGCAGUGCACUUUCAAAAUUAAUUGAAAAAGAUAUGGUAAUUAUGAAAUUUCUUUUCAUAACUUAAUUUAAUGUAACAUUUUGAAACAUGAAUAUUGAACAAUUUUCUUAGAGAUGCUAAAUAUUCUAAAAUAAUUCCACAGAAACAAUCAAGGUGAAUCGUAAUAAUUUUUUAUUUUCUUAAAUUAUUGUAAGCAUAUUUUUUUCAAAAGUAUCGAGCUCCUCAUAAAAAAAUAAAAAAAUA